AUGCCGCUUCCGUCAGCACAGACGCGUCGCUUUAUUAAAAGAGCAAGAGGUGCUGGUGCCACUGGGCAGGCCUCGGUGCUCCGCGUCUCCCGGGAGCACUACUUGCGGAGUGAUCUACCGCUGCCUCCGGAGCCAGCCCUGCGGCCGUUUCUCUUGGUACCCGACACGAACGUAGUGCUGCGUGCAGCGAGCCUUUUCGAACUCGAUGCCGUCCAGGAGGUUGUCUUUUUGCAGACCGUGCUGCAGGAGACCCGCAAACAAAGUCCAGAGACCUACGAUCGCAUACGGCGACUGUUAGCUUCCCCGGAAGCGAAGCGCCGACACCUCUACCUCUUCAGCAAUGAACACUGUGCAGCAACGUUCUCGGAGCCACUAAAGGGUGAGUCACCAAACGACUACUACGACCGGCUGAUUCGCAAGUCUGUGGCGUGGUUGAAUACUCAGUACAACGCACUGCAGGGGCCGCGAGUGGUGCUCCUCACCGAGGAUCGCGAGAACGCUCGUCGAGCCAGAGACGAUGAUCAUCUGGUUACCUUCAGCCUCGCGCAAGUGGAUGCAUGGUGUGCGGGCGCUGCAGACACGCGAGUUAGGGACCUAGUGGCAGACUCUGGCGGUCACCAUGAUGCAGCACUGAACGAAAGCGCUUCGGAAAAAGCGCAUGCAGCACCUGCGUCCAGGACGGAGUCUGCGCCCUACCCGGAGUACUGGCCAGUCGACAAGGUUGAACGCGCGCUCGCCAGUGGUAAACUGUUCCGUGGCGUAUUUCGUGCAACCAUGUAUGAGCCGUUGGAGAGCGGUGUAGUGGUCAUUCGGUCGCCAGCGGGAAAUGCGGAGCCCCAGAAGACACAGGUCGCCACACAAGUGCAGCCAGCGCUGCGCAUUCGGGUCCAGGGCGCUGCCGCCGUGAAUCGUAGCGUUGACGGAGACCUCGUCGCUGUGCUACCACUGGACGGCGUUGUCGACGGAGCAGCCAGUGCUGGUCGAAAUGCGAUACCGACCAUCGACGCAGACGCCUUCAGUAGCGUGACAGAGCAGGUGGUGACAGCUGCCUCUGCACUGGGAUCCGAGUCCUCGGAUCCGCUGGCUUCGACGCCUUCCCAGGGGCCUCGUCUUGGGAAGAUUGUUGCAGUGCUUGAGCGCCGUUGGCGUGCGCAGUACUGUGGAUCGCUGCAGGCCAAAUACACCGCAGAUACAUUGAGUUUCCAAGGUCGCAGACGACACCUCUUUUUGCCGGUGGAUCGGCGGAUACCCCCGAUCCUACUGGAGACACUGCAGGCAGCGUCUCUCUACGGCAAGCGGGUGGCUGUUGCUCUUGAUCGCUGGGAUACCCAAUCGCGUUUCCCGGUUGGUCAUGUGGUCAGCGUGCUGGGGCGCAUUGGCGAUGAGCAAGUCGAAACGCAGGUUUUGCUUCUGGAGAACGGCAUUGUGACCCGACCGUUUUCGGAGGCGGCGCUAGCGUGUCUGCCUCCACCAGACUUUUCCGUUGCGCCUGCCCCGAUGGAUACCACGCUGGUUGGUCGCCUCGAUUUGCGGUCUAUGUUUGUUUUCAGUAUCGACCCACCGGGGUGCACCGACAUCGACGAUGCGUUGCACUGCCGCCUCGUGGAUCGGAGCAAUGGACAGGGAGCAAAUGCGAGAGCGUCGACUCGCCUUCAAGUUGGCGUGCAUAUCGCUGAUGUGGCGAGCUUCGUUCGAGCAGGGACAGCACUCGAUGAAGAGGCACGGGAGCGUGGCUGCACUGUCUACCUGGUGGACCAGCGCAUCGAGAUGCUGCCGGCGCUGCUAACGAGCAACCUGUGCUCGCUGGUUGCGGGCAAGGAUCGGUAUGCGUUCUCGGUUCUCUUCGAGUUGGACGUUGAAUCUGCCCAGAUUAACGAUGUCCAGUUUACACGCAGCAUGAUUAGGUCACGAGCAUCGUUGACCUACGAACAGGCUCAGUUGAUGCUGGAUGCAUUGGUUGUCGACAAACAGAGCGCGAAGCAACUGGGGAUACCGCCCGAGCUAGGCGAAGCGCUGCCGCUUCUAGCCCGCGUUGCAGGAAGACUGCGGGCUGAACGACUCGCCAAUGGUGCGCUCAUUCUCGCGUCACCGGAGAUCCGUUUCGAGCGAGCGGAUGGUGAGAGCCCGAGUCCCAGCGUUGGUUCAGGCUCCAGUUGUCGCAGUUUUGACACGCACCACCUCGUCGAGGAGUUUAUGCUGCUCGCAAAUGUGACGGUAGCUAAGCGCAUUGUGCACCAGUUUCCGCACUCGGCGUGCUUGCGCCGACAUCCUCCGCCGAGUGUCGAGCAGUUUGAGCCACUGGUACGGGCGGCAGCAGCAUACGGAAUCGAGAUGCACGUGGAUUCGUCCAAGGCGCUUGCGGCAAGUCUCGACGCCGUCUCAACGACCUCAGCUGGCCAAGAGGACCCACUGCUGGAAGAGCUGUUUCGGAUGCUUGCAACUCGUUGCAUGAUGCAGGCUGCAUACUGCUCCGCUGGCUCGGCUCCUGCGUCAUCCUACUACCACUACGGACUCGCAGUGCCGCUGUAUACCCAUUUCACGUCACCGAUACGGCGCUAUGCCGACAUUAUUGUACAUCGCCAAUUGGCAGCAAGCUUGGGGUAUGAGGAUGCUCCUGGUGAGUUGCUCAUGAAUGAGCAAGUCGAACGUAUCUGUGAACACGUGAACGAACGCUAUCGCAAUGCACAGGCCGCAGGACGAGCGAGUUCUGCGCUCCAUGUGUUGCUCUGGUUCCAUCGGCAAUGCCAACGCCCAGCUCAUGAAGCACGCGAUACGGCCUCGAUGCUAGAGACAGACGGCCGAAUUCUGCGAUUCUUGUCGACUGGAUUUGUGGCGUACCUGCCCAAGUUUGGUAUUGAGGGCGUCGUUCGCGUAGACGGUGCAGAGACCUCCUGGGUAUUGAGCCCUGAUUCGCAAACGAUCCUCCAUAAGGACUCGGGAGUGACGUACCGUAUUUUGGGCGCUUGUCGUAUUCGAAUUGUUAUUGAUGAAAAUGCUGUCGGUGCCGAUCGUAUUCGAUUCGAGCUGCUUCCUAGGAACGCCAACAACGCCGUUCAAAGUCGAACGACGUCGGGCGUGUGCAGUAGUGGCGGCAACCGCGCCCAAGACGAAACGUCUCCUACUGACGUACAGAUGCCACCAAAAUAA